AUGGGCACUCGUGUAUACGUGGGCGGCCUUCCACGUGACGCCACUUCACGCGAGAUUCAAGACGGUUUUAACCGAUACGGACACGUGUCCAACAUUUGGGUGGCGCGGAACCCUCCAGGCUUCGCUUUCGUGGAUUUCGAAGACCCGCGGGACGCUGACGAUGCUAUUCGCUCUAUGGAUGGCCGCGACUUCUUGGGUGGACGGAUUCGUGUGGAGCUCGCCCGUGGUGGCAGUCGUCGUGAUGGCGGCCGUCGCGAUGGCGGGGGCCGUGAUGGUGGCCGUCGUGGUGACGACGACCGAGGUGGCAACGGUCGUGGUGGCGGCGACCGUUUCGAACGUGGUCGCAACCCACCCCAGCGCACUGACUUCCGAGUAAGAGUGACGGAUUUGCCGCGUGAUGUGGACUGGCGCAAUGUCAAGGACUUUCUCCGCACGGGUGGCGAGGUCACUUACUGCAACAUUGAGGCUGAUGGCUCUGCCGUCGCUGAGUUUCAAACAAAAGACGACAUGGAUGACGCCAUUAAGAAGCUGGACGACACGGAGUUCCGUGGUAGCUACGUUCGCGUCGCUCCUGAGGGGGAGACUCAAGUCGUCGCUCACGCUCUCGUUCUCCUGCCCACGGUAAUUCACCGAGCCGUCGCUCGCGUUCGCGCUCGCCUACUACGCGUAAGGACUCCCCGCGCCGCUCACGCUCCAGAUCGGCUUCGCCUGCCGCCGCUGCCAACUCGCCCAGCCGUACGAAUGCGGCUUAGCCACUUGAAGAAGUCUGGAGGUCUGUGCUGUGGCAGCGUCGAAAGCAUCGAGCACGUUAAUUGA